GCGGGAUUGUGACAUAAGAGUGCCCUGGUGACAUGGAGCAGAUCUGUGGCAUAAAUAAAGGUGUCAUAAAGACAGGGCGAGGCUCACGCUUAUAAGGGGCACGAGCGUCUCGGAGCUGCCAGAAUGUCUUCUGCUCAGUGCCCGGCACUAGCAUGUGUCAUGUCCCGGCUGCGUUUCUGGGGACCAUGGCCCCUCCUUAUGUGGCAACUAUUGUGGCUACUAGUCAAGGAGGCUCAGCCUCUGGAGUGGGUCAGGGACCCGCUCCAGCUCACCUCUAACCCUCUGGGGCCGCCUGAGCCCUGGUCUUCCCACUCCUCCCAUUUCCCAUGGGAAUCUCCCCAUGCGCCUACUCUCCCGGCAGACCCGUGGGACUUUGAUCACCUGGGGCCUGCUUCCUCAGAGAUGCCAGCUCCACCCCAGGAAUCGACUGAAAAUUUGGUUCCAUUCCUGGACACCUGGGAUUCAGCUGGAGAGCUGCCCCUGGAGCCAGAGCAGUUCUUGGCUUCACAGCUGAAGAAAGAUCCAGGUCAGCGUUGGAGCCUUGCUGGGAUUAUUGGAAUUACACGCCAAUUAUCCACACCUCAGAGUCAGAAACAGACUUUGCAGGAUGAAUAUUCCAGUAUGGAUACACCGUAUCCCGGUAGCCUGCCUCCAGAACUCCGGGUGAAGUCAGAUGAGCCUCCAGGGCCCUCUGAGCAAGUUGGACCUUCUCAAUUCCAUCUAGAGCCUGAAACUCAAAAUCCAGAGACCCUUGAAGACAUCCAGUCGUCUUCACUCCAGCAAGAAGCCCCAGCACAGCUUCCACAGCUCCCUGAGGAGGAAGAACCUUCUUCAAUGCAGCAGGAGGCCCCAGCUCUGCCUCCAGAGUCCUCUAUGGAGAGUCUAACUCUACCGAAUCAUGAGGUGACAGUUCAACCUCCAGGUGAGGAUCGAGCUCAUUAUCACUCGCCCAACAUUACAGUUAAACCUGCAGAUGUGGAGGUUACCAUAACUUCAGAGCCUACCAAUGAGACAGAAUCUUCCCAAGCCCAGCAGGAGGCCGCAAUUCAGUUUCUAGAAGAGGUGGAACCUUCUGCAACCCAACAGGAGGCCCCAAUUGAGCCUCCAGUUCCUCCUGUGGAGCAUGAACUUUCCAUCAGUGAGCAGCAGCAGCCAGUUCAGCCUUCUGAGUCUUCUGGGGAGGUCGAAUCUUCUCCGACCCAGCAGGAGACCCCAGGUCAGCCUCCAGAACAUCAUGAAGUCACAGUUUCACCUCCAGGUCACCAUCAAACUCGUCAUUUAGAUUCACCCAGUGUCUCUGUGAAGCCUCCAGACGUGCAGCUCACCAUAGCAGCAGAGCCUAGUGCAGAGGUGGGAACUUCUCUAGUCCACCAGGAGGCUACAGCUCAGCUCUCAGGGUCAGGUAAUGAUGUAGAACCUCCCGCCAUCCAGCACGGGGGCCCACCUCUGCUUCCAGAGUCAUCGGAAGAGGCUGGACCUUUAGCAGUUCAACAGGAGACUUCAUUUCAAUCUCCGGAACCUAUUAAUAAUGAGAACCCCUCUCCAACCCAGCAGGAGGCUGCAGCUGAGCAUCCACAGACCGCUGAGGAGGGUGAGUCUUCCCUAACCCAUCAGGAGGCCCCAGCUCAGAUUCCAGAGUUCCCUAAUGUAGUUGUAGCUCAACCUCCAGAGCAUUCACACCUGACUCAAGCCGCAGUUCAACCUUUGGAUCUGGAGUUUACCAUCACUCCAGAAUCCAUGACAGAGGUUGAACUUUCUCCAACCAUGAAGGAGACCCCAACUCAGCCUCCUAAGAAAGUUGUACUCCAACUUCGAGUAUAUCAAGGGUUAACAAAUCCAACACCAGGUCAGGAUCAAGCUCAGCAUCCAGUGUCACCCAGCGUUACAGUUCAACUUUUGGACCUGGAACUUACCAUCACUCCAGAACCCACUACGGAGGUCGGACAUUCUACAUCCCCGAAGAGGACUAUAGUUUCUCCAAAGCAUCCUGAGGUGACACUUCCACAUCCAGACCAGGUUCAGACUCAGCAUUCACACCUGACUCGAGCCACAGUUCAACCUUUGGACCUGGGGUUUACCAUCACUCCAAAAUCCAUGACAGAGGUUGAACCUUCUACAGCCCUGAUGACUACAGCUCCUCCUCCAGAACACCCUGAGGUGACACUUCCACCUUCAGACAAGGGUCAGGCUCAGCAUUCACACCUGACUCAAGCCACCGUUCAACCUCUGGACCUGGAGCUUACCAUAACUACAAAACCUACUACAGAGAUUAAAUCGUCUCCAACCACGGAGGAGACCUCAACUCAGCCUCCAGACCUAGGGCUUGCCAUAACUCCAGAGCCCACUACAGAGAUUGGACAUUCUACAGCCCUGGAGAAGACUACAGCUCCUCAUCCAGAUCAGCUUCAGACCCUGCAUCGAAAACUGACUGAAGUUACAGGUCCACCUACUGAGCUAGAACCUACUCAGGAUUCAUUGGUGCAGUCUGAAAGUUACAUCCAAGAUAAGGCUUUAACUGCACCAGAGGAACAGAAGGCCUCCACAAGCACCAACAUAUGUGAGCUCUGUACCUGCGGAGAUGAGAUGUUGUCAUGUAUUGAUCUCAACCCAGAGCAGAGGCUCCGCCAAGUGCCUGUGCCAGAGCCCAACACCCACAAUGGCACCUUCACCAUCUUAAAUUUCCAAGGAAACUAUAUUUCUUACAUUGAUGGAAAUGUAUGGAAAGCAUACAGUUGGACCGAGAAACUAAUUCUCAGAGAAAAUAACUUGACUGAAUUACACAAGGAUUCAUUUGAAGGCCUGCUAUCCCUCCAGUAUUUAGAUUUAUCCUGCAAUAAAAUACAGUCUAUUGAAAGACAUACAUUUGAACCACUACCAUUUUUGAAGUUUAUAAAUCUUAGUUGCAAUGUAAUUACAGAACUCAGCUUUGGAACAUUUCAGGCCUGGCACGAAAUGCAGUUUUUACAUAAGUUGAUCUUACCUAGCCAUAUGGCCUGCUGCCUCUGCCAAUUUAAAAACAGCAUUGAGGCUGUCUGCAAGACAGUCAAGCUGCAUUGCAACAGUGCAUGUCUGACAAACACCAUACAUUGUCCUGAAGAAGAAUCUGUAGGGAAUCCAGAAGGAGCGUUCAUGAAGGUGUUACAAGCCCGGAAGAAUUACACAAGCACUGAGCUGACUGUUGAGCCGGAGGAGCCCUCAGACAGCAGUGGCAUCAACUUGUCAGGCUUUGGGAGUGAGCAGCUAGACACCAAUGACGAGAGUGAUGUUAUCAGUGCACUAAGUUACAUCUUGCCGUAUUUCUCAGCAGUAAACCUAGAUGUGAAAUCAAUGUUACUACCGUUCAUUUAACUGCCAACCACAGGAAACAGCCUGGCAAAGAUUCAAACUAUACGCAAAAACUGGUAGAGAGUGAGUAGAGUCCUCAUGGGCCCAAGGAGCAUCCAGAAAAGGCACUUCAAAGAGGUGGGAAGGCAGAGCAUCAGGAGGGAACAGGGUGCCCAGGCAUCUGUGGAGAACGCUGCCGAAGAAAAAAGGCUCGGGAGUCCAGCCCUAAAGGAGCUGGAACAGCCUCACACACAGCAGGGGCCUGAGAAGUUAGCGGGAAACGCCAUCUACACCAAGCCUUCAUUCACCCAAGAGCAUAAGGCAGCAGUCUCUGUGCUGACACCCUUCUCCAAGGGCGCGCCUUCUACCUCCAGCCCUGCAAAAGCCUUACCACAGGUGAGAGACAGAUCAAAAGACUUAACCCACGCUAUUUCCAUUUUAGAAAGUGCAAAGGCUAAAGUUACAAAUAUGAAGGCUUCUAAACCAAUUGUACAUUCCAGAAAAAAAUACCGCUUUCACAAAACUCGCUCCCGCAUGACCCACAGAACACCCAAGGUCAAAAAGAGUCCAAAGUUCAGAAAGAAAAGUUAUCUGAAUAGACUGAUGCUCGCAAACAGGCCUCCGUUCUCUGCAGCGAAGAGCCUCAUAAAUUCCCCUUCACAAGGGGCUUUUUCAUCCUUAGGAGACCUGAGUCCUCAAGAAAACCCUUUUCUGGAAGUAUCUGCUCCUUCAGAACAUUUUAUAGAAACCACUAAUAUAAAAGACACAACUGCAAGAAAUGCCUUGGAAGAAAAUGUUUUUAUGGAAAACACUAACAUGCCAGAAGUCACCAUCUCUGAAAACACAAACUACAAUCAUCCUCCUGAGGCAGAUUCCGCUGGGACUGCAUUCAACUUAGGGCCAACUGUUAAACAAACUGAGACAAAAUGGGAAUACAACAACGUGGGCACUGACCUGUCCCCCGAGCCCAAAAGCUUCAAUUACCCAUCUCAGUUUGAAAUUCAGCUAACCCAGCAGCUACAGUCCCUUAUCCCCACCAACAAUGUGAGAAGGCUCAUUGCUCAUGUUAUCCGGACCUUGAAGAUGGACUGCUCUGGGGCCCAUGUGCAAGUGACCUGUGCCAAGCUGAUCUCCAGGACAGGCCACCUGAUGAAGCUUCUCAGUGGGCAGCAGGAAGUAAAGGCAUCUGAGAUAGAAUGGGAUACGGACCAAUGGAAGACUGAGAACUACAUUAAUGAGAGCACGGAAGCCCAGAGUGAACAGAAAGAGAAGUCGCUUGAGCUCACAAAAGAAGUUCCAGGAUAUGGCUAUACUGAAAAACUCAUCUUUGCAUUAAUUGUGACUGAAAUAGUAAUGAUUUCGACUAUACUUUUCUGCCUCAUUGUGGGGCAUUUUCAGAUUUCUGCCAGGGAGGAGAUGCUCUUCGCGAAGGGAGAGUCAGGAUGGACUUUUUUCAUUCAGACAGCCGCUCUGGCUUAAAGAUAUGUACAAACCACAAGAGUAAAUAAUCACGCAUGGAAGCUGCACAAGAAGUCAUCUAAUGAGGACAAGAUCCUCAACAGGGACCCCGGGGACAGCGAAGCCCCAACAGAGAAGGAGGAGGAGAGUGAAGCCGAAGCCCUGCCAUAGGAGGAGAACCCAGCCCACCUCAGGCCUCCUGAAAAGAAAACAUAGCAUAAACAAUACCCAUGAGAAAGAAAAGCAGGACUGAAGCCAGCGGCCCACGCAUCCACAGAGGCAGUGGGCAGAGCAAGCACAGGGCCAUCAUUUCCUCCCUUGUUUCCCAGUCUAAUUAGUCACCCAGACCUGAAAACAAUUAAAUACCAUUGUUUUUGGUGCCCUC